UCCAGUCAGUCUGACAGUUCCAAUCGCAUUUACUUAAAGAAAAAAUCGCAAGCAUUUUUCAUGUUUGCGUUCUAGUUUACAAUUAAAUCAGCCAAUAAUGAAUAAUUGUGUUGGUGAAAUUGUUAUAAAAUCAUUAAAAAGUCAACAAUUUAAACAAGUUUGUAUUGCAAAAAAAAUAUUGCGGCGUAAAUUGCUGUAUUGUUGAUAGGGAACAUUGAGAAGCCAUUUGAAAUAGACUUUUAUUAAAAUUUUUCACAGUUAAAAAGUGAAUCGAUUCAAUUUAAAAUAAAACGUGUGCAAAUCAAAAGUAAAUGUAUAAAAAUGCCGAUCAAUUGUGAAGUUCAUUUCGACAGUAAUCCGGCAAAAGUAGUUUAUGCUGGCCAAGUACUAAGCGGAACGUGUCGGCUGACGUCGACAGAACACUUGAAUGUUCGUAGUAUAUUUAUUCGCAUACAAGGGACUGCACAUGCACAAUGGCAAGAGGGCACCGGUGAAAAGAGUAAAACGUUCACGGGUGAUGAAGACUAUCUCAAUGAACGAACAUAUUUCGUGAACCGAUCCACAUUUUAUGCGGGUGGUGAGACUCGAUUGUUGGCAGGAAGUUAUACUUACAAUUUUCAAUGUAUGUUACCGCCUGGUUUGCCAACAUCAUUCGAAGGCGAGUUUGGAUACAUUCGAUAUUUUACGCGAGUUGUGAUCGACAUUCCACUAUUGCCAGACCAAACAUUCGAGCAGCUAUUUACUGUUAUUAAAGCCGUUAAUCUGAAUGCUGAUCCAGCCCUUCAAGCUCCAGUCAUUGCUGAAAAAAGCAAAACCUUCUCACCAGUUUUACUAUGCUGUUUUACAUCGUCGCCGCCCAUGACAAUCCUCGCUCGAAUUCCAGUUGGAGGCUAUACGCCCGGUCAAGUUAUCAAUUUGGAAAUUAAUGUAAAAAAUGAGAGCGAUCAACCAGCAUCCAAAUUUACGAUAAAAUUGAUUAAGCAAGUCAUUUAUUAUGUGUGCGAAAACAGUACGCGCCAGAAACAUGAAACAAUUCCGAUAUUUGAGAUGGAAACACGUGGUUGUGAUGUAGGCAAAGAAGAGGAUUAUCGGGUAAAUUUGGAAGUUCCUUCAAUACCUCCAUCAAAUUUUUCUACGAGCAACAUCAUCAAAGUAAAAUAUUCCAUUCGUAUAAUAGGUUCGGUGCCAUGCUUUCACAUAAAUCCAAUCAUCGAUCUACCAAUCACCAUCGGCACUUACCCAAUUCAGGAUAUAACACCAACGGCCACCGGGUAUCCACAUCCGACUGAUAUGGCAAUCAAUAGCGUAAUUUUGCCACCAUCGGUGUCACAAGUGUUCGAUCAGAACAAUCAGCUGCCAUACUCAGCUGUGCCCAGUGCUCCGAGCGCUCCGUUUCCAAUUCCACAGGAUGAACCUCCAAGCUAUAUGGAGGCAAUGCAAUCGGCAACGAUCGCAGACAGCAACAAUCUCACACCCAAGUACCCAAUGUACAAUCAAAGAACUUCUUACUCAAAUGGAAACUAGCGGCACAAUAUUCCGUUUCAUUAUUUAUUAUUGAAUGAACAAAAGAGUAACCGUUACUGUGAAUCAUACGUUUUAUGCAAUAUUUCUCGGAUUUUUCUCUAGAUUUCUAUUUUAUUUUAUUUUAUUUUAUUGAUAUGCGGGUAAUUUUGAUAGAUUUUUCUCCUUAUAUGUACAAACUUCAAUUAAAGUGUAAAUUUUGGCAUGGAGUAUUUUUGUAAUAAAUGAUUCUCACUUGAUUUCCAACAAAUGUUCAAAUUCAUUUAGAAUUGGAUAGGUUCCAUACGAUUUAUUCAGAGCUUGUGUUGAUUUCACUUCAAAUGCAACAUUCUUAACCACCUUCAUCAUUGCUCAAAGUAUGUCAUACUGAAAACACUUGUUGAAUCUCGGUA